GCCUUCAAAAGUCAAAUUUGACUAACUAAAAUGGGACAAGGGAAGUAUUUUGCAAAACUUUCCCUCCAAAUCUGUGUGGAGUGUCCAUCCAAACAGACCCUAAAUUCAGCCUUCCAAACGUUAUCGUUUCUCGUCCAGAGCAUCGUUAUCCCAUUUUGGAUUUGGGAAUUGUGGAGCAGAAUGGAGCAGCCGAGAUGAGACAUGGCUACUGCCGUUUCAUGUCUCUCUCUAUUUCUCUCGCCGGCGCCACGGCCACUUAACCAGCACCGACUAUUCAUAUCAUACAACUCCCAUCUUUCGCUCAUCAUCCCUGCUCCUUCACUAUCUCAUCCCUUCGUUAAUAGGGAUUCGCAUUUUCGCCGGCAUGGAGGGCGGAUUGUCUCUUCUAUCCCUGUCUUGACCUCUGGAGCAGAAUCUGUCCAGAACUCCCAGGAAUUAGCUUCUACAGCCGGUGAUAGGGUCUCGUCCGUCAUUUCGGCUCUGCUUUUCGCUGCUUUCAUUGGCUUAUCCGUUCUCACUGUUGGGGUAAUCUAUUUAGCUGUAACAGAUUUCUUACGGAAGAGGGAGAGUGACAAGUUCGAAAAAGAAGAGGCUUCCAAGAAGAAAAGUAAGAGAAAGGGAAAGAUUGCAAAUAGAGCUAAAGCCGGACCUAGAGGUUUUGGCCAAAGAAUUGUUCAAGAAGAUGAUGAAGAGGAUUGACACAUAAAAUUUGAAAUCUUUUCACGUGCUAUUGUUGUGAAGCACUGUCUCAUUAUUAUUUACCAUUUCACUGGUAAUUCACAGGCACUUUAUUUGCAAUUAUUUACCAAUUCUAACUUCAGAUAUACUUAGACCUUAGUCAUCCUUGAUGGUUAAGGUAAACUUGGAUGAACUAAAACAUUACUCUCAGCUUUUCACUACAUUAAAACCACUUUCAGAGUUCAUUAAAAGUGAUAAAAAAAAGUCCUAACUUUCUCUUCAACGCUAGUCCUUGGCUGUUAGGGGUUGCCAUGGUUCCAGAGGUGGAUCCCAAAUAUCUGGGUUAGGCUGGGUUGAAAAGUGAAUGGGUUAGUUGAAUGGGAAAAACGUAAAGACAUACCAUCAAAGAUUUAAGUUAAAAUUAGGUUGUCAUGUACCUCAAUCCACCAGAGCAAAACUUUCUUCUCAUUCCAACUUAUUAUUCAUCAUUAUUCAUGGAACCUUCUAAAUAACUUUGUGUACACAUGACUUCUUCAUUGCUUGCACAUUAUGUGUUUGGGAAAGAAAAAUUCAUUUUGCACUACGAGGGCAUUUCCUUGCGAAGCACACACCACUUUAGAGUCAAAAAAUGAGCAAGUGUUGGGUAAAUUUUAAAAUAGUGUUGUGCAAGUUGUCAAAUUCAGUAUGGCUUUAAGCCUAACAUUGUACCCAUGUAAAGUUUUAAUUUUGUGAUAUCUUUAACUUCGACAUAAAGGAUAUCUUUACUUAAUUGGUACAAUUCUAUUAUAAUGCCUA